AGUUACUGGUUUUCUCUUUUGUAAAAUUUAAGCGUUCAUUUGACGAAGAUUUGUUUUGAUGACACUAGUUUGACAGCAUGGCAGACUUCCGAAACAACCGAAAUGGGAUGGCUAGAACAGAGGAAAUGUUGGACAGUGAGAAUCAGCAGAGGGUUGAUAACCUGGCCAGCAAAGUGUCACGGUUAAAGAAUCUAGCCUUGGAUAUUGAUGAUGAGGCUUUAGAUUCCAACAGAUACCUGGAUAAUAUGGGUGGAGAUUAUGAGAGUACACAGGGAUUACUUGGAGGUUCGGUGCACAGGCUGUCUCACAUGGUGCAGGCGAACCGUGGUAACAGAAAACUCAUGUGUUACCUGGUCCUGGGACUGGUGCUGCUCUUCUUUCUGACCUACUAUCUCGUUACAAAAGUGACCAAAUGAGAUAUCUCGCUUUCUGACCUACUAUCUCGUUACAAAAGUGACCAAAUGAGAUAUCUCGCUUUCUGAUCUACUAUCUCGUACAAAAGUGACCAAGUGAGAUAUCUCGCUUUCUGACCAUUACAAAAGUUACCAAGUGAAAUAUCUCGCUUUAUCUGUCGUGUUCAUGGAUGGAUUUUAAGUACUAGUAAUUCUUCUUCCUAUAAAAUAUUGUUUUUAUUGUUAUUGUUGAAUGGAGAGAGAGAGAGAGAGAGAGAGAUUCCUAAAUUUAUCAUUUCACCAUCAGCAAAAUCAUCCAGGUAUUUCAUCAUUUACAGGAUGUUAUAAUGUCAAUAUAUUCAUGUACAAAUAUUUUAGAUGUCUACAUGGUUUUUAUUUACGUGAAUGAAAAAGCAUGUGUCUUAUUUAUUGAAUUUGUGUAUUGAUAACUUGAUAUACUGGUUUUGUGAAUAUUUUUCUUCAUUUCUAUAGACUCUAACUUAAGGUUUAUGAUACAUAUUGUAGUACUGAUGAUUGUACUCCUGAUUUGUACUGUAAUGAAUUGUAGAAGGAGUAUAUAGUUUCAAUGAAUUUGUGUAAUUUAUUGCAUGUAUUGUGGGUAUUAAAGAAAACAAAUCAUUCUUUUAGACUUAGAAUGAAGGGGCUACUCUACAAUGAAAAAAUAAAAACAAUUGUGUGAAGUAAA